AUGAGGUUGUUGCGGUUUUUUGCAAGCAACGGAUUGUCCAUUAUGAACAGCUUCAUAGAGCAUCCAAAAGUGCAUCAGUACACCUGGCACCGGGAAGCUUGUGCACAGAAGCUGACGAUCGAAUUGGAUAGUCAACUUAUAGAAAACGUCUACGUGUCGCCGAACCAAACGAUUAGCAGCAGCGCGCCGGUGGCUUUGGUCACCGGCAGCCAGAAACCUUUCAUUCCCUGUAAAGUAUGCGGCGACAAAGCUUCCGGGUAUCAUUAUGGAGUCACUUCUUGCGAGGGUUGCAAGGGGUUUGAAACGGAAAUCAUAUUCUGCAGGAAGCGACCGCAGUUCCAACAGUACGAACCAUCAGAUCACAAACCCGGAUGGAAACAUGACAGCGACGACCGGUACAAGCCGUUGUUGCCUAACGGGGGACGAAGAUUUCGUGACCAUAGUCGCGGUCACUUUGCCGAACAGCAACGGGGUAAUGAGUUGCACUUGACCCACCUGUGGAUCUUCGGUCGCCUGGCGGUAUUAUUUAUGCGCGCCUGUGGCGAAGGUCACUCGCCUCGCCCUGGCCGUUCUCCGCCUGUGGUGGCGACUGGCACCACCGAAAAAGGAAGCGACGUGAAUGACAUGCUUUCGUUGAUCGUCGCCUUUGACACUCACAACCGAAAGGUCAGUGUGAUUCGCGCGCGGCCCAACGAACGCGGCAUUUCAAAGAAAUCGACGUUCUUCCUCAUUUGUCCCCCGAAGAAGAUUCCUUUGCUUCGUUUCCCAGCCCCCAUCGUUCCCAGCGAUGGAAUCCGUUAA